AUGGAGGCGGCGGCGCGCGCGCUGCCCGCCGGCUUCGUGGCCGCCUGCCCGCGCCUGGAGGAUCUCGAGCUGCAGAUGAUGCAGGCCGAUGCGAUCCCGGAAGGAUUUCUGCUCAACGCGACCGCUCUCAAGAAGUUCAAAGCGGCGUUCUGGCCGCUCAAGGAGCUGCCGGUCGACCUCUUCGACUACUCGCCGAACCUGGAGGAGAUAGAUCUCUCGAGUAACGGACUGGAAUCGUUACCUAGCGGGCUGUUCUCGCGGCUGGCGGGGUCGCUGCGGGUGCUGUCGCUGGCGCGCAACCGGCUGCACGCGGCGGCCGCGCUGCAGGUGGCGCCGCUGGCCGGGCUGCGCCGGCUGUACCUGGCCGACAACCCGCUCGGCGACCUCUGUCCCGCCGCCAGCGCCUCCAUCCUCGCGCGCAGCGCGUCGUACCUGGCGCCGCUGCGCGCGCUGGAGGAGCUGGUGCUGAGCCGCGCGGGGCUGGCGCGCGUGUGCGCCGACUGGACGCACCACAUGCCCGCGCUGCGCCGCCUCGACCUCUCGCACAACCGCAUCGCCGAGCUGCAGGUACAAUAG